UGUUGCCUAAUUGCCCAUCUCAUCUAUCCACUCUAGCAGAGGAACGAAAGACCUGGGAUCGAGGACGCAACUUCUCUGGUCUGAAUCCAGAUUGCUACCAUCUGGAUCUGCCAUAUGCAAGCCACGCGAAACACGCUUAACAUUUCAGGCUGUUGUUCCAAGGCUAAUUUCGGCUAACACCGCUUUGAACCAGGUGCAGUGUUAGGGUGAGUUGAAUGUGCAGCAGCAGUACACUACAACGUUUGACAGAGUUCAGUUACUAAAUGCGCAUAUUGAUAAAUUCCCCAAUAGCAUUUGUUUUCUAACUGGGAGUUAAAGUUAUGGAUUCAACAGUGGAUAACCGGGAGAGCAAGGCAGCGCUCCGUCCAUGCGUGCCCAGGUCCCUUCUCAUGCGCUGUCUGGUGGGGUUCCCUACGGUGGUGUGUUUCAUGUUGUCCGUGAGCUCCAUAGCCGUGUGCCUGCUCAUGAGCUUAAAGACUUACCAACUGGAGAACCGACUGCAUGCGCUAGAGAUGGAGAAAAACACAGUGUUCAACCCGCCGGAGAGCGCCUUCAUGCGCGAGGAUGGGACUGUAAUACCGACGCCGAGGAGAACUAUCGAGACGCUACUGCAAGAGAGACUGAGUGAAGUGAUGCCCAAGCUGCGCAUGGCGAGAGACAUCCCACAAGAGUGUUCCUGCCCACCAGGUCCUCCUGGAAAGCGUGGAAGGAUGGGCAGAAGAGGUGACACCGGGUCUCCCGCCUGUCCAGCGCUGCCAGAUUCUUCCUCCUCUACAGUGCUGCUAGAGUCUCCCAUCUGUCCAGAGCUGCUAGUGUCUCCCUUCUGUCCAGAGCUGCUAGAGUCUCCCUUCUGUCCAGAGCUGCUAGAGUCUCCCUUCUGUCCAGAGCUGCUAAAGUCUCCCUUCGGUCCAGAGCUGCUAGAGUCUCCCGUCUGUCCAGAGCUGCUAGAGUCUCCCGGCAAGACUGGGAGAGAUGGAUACCCGGGCCCGCUUGGCAUGGAUGGCAAACCAGGUCUCCCCGGUCCUAAAGGAAGUCAGGGACCAGCGGGACCCAAGGGAGAUAAGGGUGACCAAGGAGAUAUUGGUCCCAGGAUGGUCUUUCCCCGCUAUGACCAUGGCUUUAUGUCUGGUGACCAGUCCAACUUCCAGAGACGCUUAAUAAAGGGUGACCAAGGGUCUCCUGGCCCCAGAGGCCCUCCUGGAAAUACGGGAAAAGACGGGCCCCGUGGCCCGGCUGGAGAACAGGGUUUCCCUGGUCGCGAUGGUAUGGAGGGCCAAGCAGGUUCACCUGGAAAGCCAGGUGAAGAUGGUGAAGCAGGAUACGCAGGACCACAUGGACCCCCAGGGUCAAAGGGCCCAGCUGGUGAGAGGGGCAUGGACGGACUCCCUGGGUUUAAGGGAGACAAAGGAGAUAUCGGAGAGCAAGGAGCCCAGGGAGACAUGGGUUACCCUGGUGAGAAAGGGGUUCCAGGCUCUACUGAGGUCAUUGACUUCAAUGGGAAGCUGCUAGAAGCCUUCCAGGCCAUCCAGACCAUCAGUGUCAGGGGCCCACCAGGAUUACCAGGGUCCCCAGGUGGAAAGGGAGAGCUAGGCUUGCCUGGACCAUCUGGACUGGAUGGGGAGAAGGGUCCGAAGGGAGAUAUGGGGGAGACAGGGUCAAUCGGAGAGAAAGGAGAGAAAGGAGAGAUGGGUCUCUCUGGGCCAGGGGGAAUAGAUGGACAGAAGGGAGAGAUGGGAGACUCCAGGCUGGAAGAUAACCUGGUUCAGAUGAUUUCUCAGCCGGGCCCCCCAGGACUCCCAGGCCCGCCAGGACUCCCCGGACCUCCAGGGUACAUGGGUCACCAUGGAAUGUCUGGCCCUAAGGGAGAGCCUGGAGACAGAGCUAAAGGGGAAAAGGGAGACGUUGGACCUGCUGGACUGAGGGGUAUGGACGGUCCUCAGGGUCCCCCUGGUCCCACAGGAUUGGUGGGUCUCCCAGGCACAAAAGGAGAGAAGGGCAAGUCCGGGGAGCCUGGAAUGGAUGGUUUCCCAGGCCUGAUUGGUGAGAAGGGAUCCCGGGGAGACAGAGGAGACAAGGGUGACCGGGGGACGAUGGGGAAGAGAGGUCUGAAGGGCGGGAAGGGGGAGCAGGGUCCUCCUGGACUGGACCAGCCCUGUCCUGUGGGUUCUAAUGGGACUAAAGGACUUUCUGAUGAAGGGGUACAGUCCACCCCUCCUCCUCUUCCUCCUUCUGGCCCUGAGCCCCCCUGUCCUUUGGGGCAAGAUGGACUGCCCAUACCAGGAUGUUGGCACAAGUGAUGACUAACAUCAAGCGUGGCCACUGUACAUAUUGAUAUGGUAUAUAUUGCAACUGAAUAGUACAUUGCUUUUUUGUUAUUUUUUGCCUUUUUAUGGAAACGUUUUAUAUAAUAUAUUGAGCUUCUUCUUUUUGUUAAUCAUGGACGUUAUUUUGAGUCAACAGUAUUAACCAGACUGGAUAUGUCUAUCGAUACAGAUAUUUUUUGUACACCUAGACUUUAGAUGUGAAGUAAAAUGUAGUAAAUGGAACACAGCCAUCUUGGAGCAACAUCGGGUACGAGAAAUAUAGGAGCAAACAGACUCCUAACCUAACAGACAGACAGACUGAUGGGCGGAUGGACGGACAGACACACGUGUUGCUGGAGGGUUGAUGAAUAGGGAGAGUGGGUAAUGACUGCCUUACUAAUGGAGUAUCGUCUGCCCUGUUGCUGCCUGGCCCUGUUGCUGCCUGGCCCUGUUGCUGCUUGACCCUGUUGCUGCCUGGCCCUGUUGCUGCCUGGCCCUGUUUCUGCCUGGCCCUGUUGCUGCCUGGCCCUGUUGCUGCCUGGGGGUGUGUGCUUGCUCCACCCUGCUCGAUCCCAUGGAUGGACAGACCUCCUGGUGUGAUAGACAGAGGAGUGUAGUCAGUGCUCUCUUCUCCUCUCUCUGUUUUUGAAAGGAGGAGACAUAAGCUCAAAUGCAAAUGUCUCACUCUCUCUCAGCCCUGAGGGGAGAGCAGGUCUGGAGGACAGAGAGAAGACGCGGGAGAGACAGACAGACAUGAGGGCACAAAGGACAGACAACCUCUAGAGAGUGACGGAACGGUUCUGUGCCAUUCACUUCUAUUCGGAAUACUGAGAUCCUGUGUUAUGGAAACACACCAGGAGAGGGCGACACAGAACACUGCAUUACCACUUUCACUUGAAGUGAUCUCACCCAUAAAUUGUAGUUGUGGUUUUCAUUACACUCACUGUUGGUUCUGGGCUACAGAGGCAAGGAUUUACCUAUGAUGUCACAUAAUAAUAAUAAUAAUAAUAAUAAUAAUAAUAAUAAUAGUGGUAGUAGUAAUACAAUUCUGUGGAUAUGAUGAAAGUGUAUUUAUGACAUCUUUUAUUUUGUUUCCAUUUAAUAAAAUGCAUGAUCAACAUAAGUCACAGCAAUAUAUAGCAUCAUGAAAACCUCUCCCAUACCAGCACACUAAGGCAAUAAGUUACUGAGGUAUGUCGUUUGCGAAAAGAAAUCUUUAAGUCUCUAACAGUCUUUCCAUGUACGUGUGGCUUACUGGCAGUGAUAGCAAGUGUGAUGUUUUCUUUUAUUCUAGUUGAGUUACAUUUGCAUUCCUGUGCAUGGACGUGUUUGUAUAAUAUACUGAGUUCAUUGUGUUAAAUUCAAAUUCAGAACUGGAGCAAUUUGCAGUAUUCCCAAAUAUGCAAUAUUCCAUCAAUGAAGUUGAACAAACGGUUUGAAUAUGAAGUAAUUUUGUGAUUAAUUUGGCUUUUAUCAGACAUAAGUCAAUUAGAAAUAUCACAUCAGUAUUUUCUGACAGUGUUGACAGUACAGUUUUGAAGUAUAUUGAAGGAUUAUCACUUAACCUUAAAACACAUUUAGAUGAAAUACUGUUUUCUGAACAACAGUAUGGAUUCUUGCUGCUGACAUAAAAUGUUAUUGUUUGUUUGUUUGUUUUUCUUAGCCAAUGAGUUUAGUACAUUCGGACUGAAGUACAAUAAUGUACCCAAAGUCAUUGAUUUAACAAUAGUUGUAUUCAUUGGCACACCUUGACAAAAAGGUAGUCAUUGUUGGUUGGUUUAACUAUACCUACUUGUUUUUUUUAUACAUUAUCACAUCAUGAAAGACAGAUUUUGAUCUCUUUUCAUUUGACGGUUUUAUUCUGAUUUACAUUUUUCUUUCUAACUUUAUGGAUUGUCUUUUGGAGAUCUAUCUUCUUGGUGCUCGAUCACUCUGUGUUUAGUCUUCUUGUAUGGUUCUUUAUCAACCCUACACACACACACACAUACACAUACACAUACACACACACACACCAUUUCAAUGUCAACAGCACAUGACUGAUAUAAGGAGCUUAUAACUUGUGAGUUUCAUUAUACUACAUUUAUGCUAUGAAAUGUAUGACUAUGGAAGUUAAUAAGCAAUUCUUUCAUUAUAUUGUACUUUACUAAUGCACAAGUUUCAGAAUUUUCAUUCACAAUGUGUUAUUUCCAACUGGGAUGUGGUGAUCAAUCAUAUUGGUUUCCUUUUUCAUUCUCAUUUAGUAUUGGGCCUACUGUAUGCAGCAAUGUGCCUACAUUAAAGGUAAUUUAGUAUUGGACAUACUGUAUGCAGCAAUGUGCCUACAUUAAAGGUAAUUUAGUAUUGGACCUACUGUAUGCAGCAAUGUGCCUACAUUAAAGGUAAUUUAGUAUUGGACCUACUGUAUGCAGCAACGUGUCUUCCAUAAAGGUAAUUUAGUAUUGGACAUACUGUAUGCAGCAAUGUGCCUACCUUAAAGGUAAUUUAGUAUUGGACAUACUGUAUGCAGCAAUGUGCCUACAUUAAAGGUAAUUUAGUAUUGGACCUACUGUAUGCAGCAAUGUGCCUACAUUAAAGGUAAUUUAGUAUUGGACCUACUGUAUGCAGCAAUGUGCCUACAUUAAAGGUAAUUUAGUAUUGGACCUACUGUAUGCAGCAACGUGUCUUCCAUAAAGGUAAUUUAGUAUUGGACAUACUGUAUGCAGCAAUGUGCCUACCUUAAAGGUAAUUUAGUAUUGGACAUACUGUAUGCAGCAAUGUGCCUACCUUAAAGGUCAUUUAGUAUUGGACAUACUGUAUGCAGCAACGUGUCUUCCAUAAAGGUAAUUUAGUAUUGGGCAUACUGUAUGCAGCAAUGUGCCUACCUUAAAGGUAAUUUAGUAUUGGACAUACUGUAUGCAGCAAUGUGCCUUCCAUAAAGGUAAUUUAGUAUUGGACAUACUGUAUGCAGCAAUGUGCCUUCCAUAAAGGUAAUUUAGUAUUGGACAUACUGUAUGCAGCAAUGUGCCAUCCUUAAUGUGCAAUUCCAGCGCUUUUCAACCUAAUGUUCAUUAUCUCCAGCACAAUGCCAGUGUCUACAUAUGUGAAAACAGCGCAUUUCUACGUUUUGUAGAAAAAAAUAUAAAGCAAAACAUUUCUACCCGAUGACACAUUUUAAAAACAAUGAUAUUCAAACACUAUGAGAUUCGCUGCGGUGUAGGGAGCAAGAAAAUACCCUCUCGGGCUACGAAUUCAUUGCAGGUUUUGAAAAUCACAUUUUUUUUUUACUUUUAAUCCUACUUUUAAUAUCACAGAGCACCUUUCUUCUCAUCUUUCUUUUUUCACCUUUCUUCUUUUAAGCACAUGUAAAAAAAAAAAAAAAAAGAUAUAUCUAGCUUAAACAGAUGUAUUUUGACUCCAGGGAGUCUUUGUAACCACAUAUCAUAGAAACACACUGUUUUCACAUAUGUAGACACUGAUAUGGUACUGGAGAUAAUGAAUAAGGUUGAAAUAUGGUGGAAUUGCCCUUUAACAAACUGAUGUUUCUCUGCAAUAUUACAUGUGUUUAUUUCUUUGGCAGAUAUCAUCAGUUUUUAUUUUUUUAAGGAAUAUUUUCCAUCCAUUAUUGACACAAUGUCUGAGGACAGUUUGGCAUGUUUCAUAAAAAUAAUUUGAUGAAUUCGAGUUUGUUAAUUUGGUUGUGUAUUUGGUCAUAAAAUAAUUAAUUGUCACCGCUAUCGUUAUCUCUUUAUUAUUCCAAAUCUGGUCAACUCAACAUGUAGACUGAAAUAAACUCUGUAAAAUAUACUGUUA